GGGCCGGAGGAAAAGCCUGCGGGCGGGAGAGGGGCCGCCGCGGCGGCAGCAGCAGCCUUGGCCGGGGGAGGUGUUGCUCUCGCACCGCUGGGGCGCAGCUCCCCGCCGCCGCCGGACGCGCAAGGAGUUUUCUCUUUGUUCUCAAAGACAUUCCAGCAGCUGUGUAUCUUUUAUUCCUACGAAUCUCUGUGAAGACAAGUUAUGUCAACAGCUACUUUAAUUAAUUUGGUACGAAACGGAGGGUAUCAAGUAAGAAGGAGAGCUGUGCUGACAUCCCGCCUCUUGCAAGACGAGAAGCGUCCGACAGCAGUGUGCUACAGCUCUCCCUCCGAGCGCCGUGCUUCUCGCUUUGAUCCAGAUGGGAGCGGGCGACCGACCACAUGGGACACCUUUGGCAUCUGGGACAAUCGCAUUGACGAACCCAUUCUCCUCCCACCAAGCAUAAAGUAUGGGAAGCCGAUUCCAAAAGUCAGCUUGGCCAACGUGGGCUGCGCUAGCCAUAUUGGGAAGCGUAAGGAGAAUGAAGACCGGUUUGAUUAUGCUCAGCUGACAGAGGAUGUCCUGUACUUUGCAGUAUAUGAUGGACAUGGUGGGGCAGCAGCAGCAGAUUUCUGCGAUAAGUACAUGGAAAAAUAUAUUAAAGAAUUUCUUGCUGAGGAGGAGAACUUGGAAAAUGUUUUGAACAAAGCUUUUCUAGAAAUAAACAAAGCAUAUGAAAGGCAUGCUCAUCUGUCUGCUGAUGCAACUCUGAUGAAUUCUGGGACCACUGCAACAGUGGCUCUGCUCCGGGAUGGCAUUGAGCUGGUUGUGGCAAGUGUGGGAGACAGUCGUGCUCUGCUGUGUCGAAAGGGGAAGGCCAUGAAACUCACCAUUGACCAUACUCCAGAAAGGAAGGAGGAGAAGGAAAGGAUUAGGAAGUGCGGUGGCUUCGUUGCCUGGAACAGUUUGGGACAACCUCAUGUGAAUGGUAGACUUGCAAUGACGCGGAGCAUAGGAGAUUUGGAUCUUAAAAACAGUGGUGUGAUAGCCCAGCCAGAAACAAAAAGGGUUAAGCUGCAUCAUGCAGACGACAGCUUCCUGGUCCUUACUACAGAUGGUAUUAACUUCAUGGUGAACAGUCAGGAGAUCUGCGACUUCAUUAGCCAGUGCCACGAUCCUGCUGAAGCCGCCCAUGUUGUUACUGAGCAGGCAAUGCAGUUUGGCACUGAAGACAACAGCACAGUUGUCAUAGUUCCGUUUGGAGCAUGGGGGAAGUACAAAAAUGGUGAGAUCAACUUCUCCUUCAGCCGCAGUUUUGCUUCCAGUGGGAGGUGGGCGUGAAGACCUACCACAGCUAUCGUUUCCUGCCAUAAUCUGGACACAGCGUGCUACAGGAGAACACAUCCAUCUGUUAAUAGAUUGACUCAGUGUCUUGUCCAUCUCUCUGUUCCCAGUGUUAUAGAAGGCACCACUGUUCCCUUGGUGCGUAAUGCCCCUUCGUUGCUUACGGCUGAUCGCAUUUUGCUGCAUUUAUUUAUUUCAGUCGGCAUUGAGGCAGCUAUUUCUUUGGGUUUGUAGUCCCAGCAGCUCUGCACGUUACUUUGUUCACACAGACGAGGCUCUGGGCUUUCACUUAAGGCUGGAGGUGUUGCACAGUUGUUUCAUACCUCCUGAUAUUACCCAGGACCUUUUGUUACCUGGCAGCUGUGUAAGUCUGAGUCUCUGAGCCACAUGCCGGCUUCUCUUUGUACGUUUCGUGUACAUGGGGGAACAAACGCACAAUGUUCUUGGGUAGACAGAAAGUGGGUUUGUUGUUUUCCUUUGCUGUGCAGCCACCCAAAACUCCCUUGUGCUUCAGGAGAAUUGGGUGAAAAAUAAGGGAGAAGUUUCAGAAGUGUUCAGAUUCUGAUGCCAGUGGCAUUUGGUGUAGCUGAACAACUUCCUGAGACAGUGCUGCUCUGCAGGGCUUUAUGCUCUCACCGCCAUCAUCCAUGAUCCUCUAGCUCCAAGGAGACAGAGCAGGCUGGAGCCACAUGCUGUUGGACAGGUGGGAAUGUUUCUUCAUUGGGUCCAAGCCUGUACAGUCUCUGGACCAUGCAGCAGCCCCUGGCACUGUCUUCUCGUUGGUGUGCCAGUGCUUGACAGGAGCACAGAGGAGGGAAAAAGCUGCAAAUGUUUGAUAUCCAGAGACUCUCAUCAACUUGAAUUUCUUUUUUUAUUUUAGAGAAAACCAGCUAAUUUGAAAGAGUUUACUAAUCAAGAUUCUUUGGAUGUGUAAGACAGGCGCCUUUAUUUCUUCAGAAAUAUAUGAGGAUUUUCCUGCCUUCCACUGAAGGUUUCUUUCAGUUGGUCGUGAUCUCCUGUGUCUCUUCAUGGUGUACAGGGAGCUGUAAAAUGCCCAAAGCAAGCAAGCUAGAGAAAGGAGAGCGUUAUAAUAACGUACAGUCAUUUUUAUAAAUUUUGGGUAUUGUUUCUAGUAGGUGUCAGAUAUUCAGACACCAGAAGGUAGUUUUAUACUUAAAGGAAGCGUUUCCCCUUCCCUUUCCAGAGGAAGGCUGCGUCCAGUGAGGCACGGGGGAGGGGCAGAGCUCUGAGCUAGCUUGUGUCGCUGCCCUGACACAGGCUGCAGGUGAUGUGUUGGCAGCAGGUGAAGAUCUGUCCCAGUGUGCCUCAUUUGGUCCUCCUCCUUCCUCUGUUCCACGUCAGGCAUGCAGCUCCUGUGGCCUCCGAGUCACCUGGUUGCAAAGAAAUAUGGGCAGAGAAGGAUUGGGCUCUUCUCAGACUUGUCACAAUAUUUUUCAUUCUGUGGAUGUUUCCAACAGCACAAUUGUAAAAACAAAACACAACAAAAAAGUGAAAGAGAAGUUGCCUGAUACUAAAUCACCUUGCCAUAAGGAAAAAUAUUUCUGACAUGCCUGGCCUGAUUCUCAUUUUCCAGUGUGAAGUACGCAUCUUUGUUACUUUUAGCCCUUUCCAUUUGGCCCAGGGUUACACCUUAGGCAGUCAUUCCACAUGUUUUUUCUUGCCUCUGGUUGAAGGCCUAGCAGCGCCCAGCAGAGCACAGUGUGGUACUGAUGGCAUUAAGUACUAGGUGUUUAGAGAGCACGCUGUUUUUGUCCCAUCACUUGGUGUAUUACAUGGUGUAUAUAUUCGGUUUAGAAGUACAAAGAGCUUGUGAGUCGAUAUAUGUAAAUGUUGACUGGAUGCUGUUGCCCAGGCCUCUGUAACAAGCACAUCACUGGUUUAUAUUAAUGCCUUCCCUCUCCCCAGAUUUCCUCCAGUGUUGGGGUUCAGUCUUCACCUGGGGUCAGAAUGUUUGCUGGUUGUGGUCCUGGGCUCAGCCUCGCUUACCUGAGGCAGAGGAGCCCUUUUAGUUGUUACCAGCGAGCGCGUGUUCUCAGUCUGUGGCAAGUAUGAAGAGUCUCCAAACUAUUUUUGGCAAAAAUGGCAAAACGCAGCCUCUCCUGAGCACUUGAGGAGAGGUCACACCUGACAGAGGUUCAGAGAGCUGCUCUGGGAACAUGGUCAUGACCAGUUUGCACUGCAGCGUGAACAGCUGACAGCCUUUCUCCUGCCAAAGAAGUGGCCUGCUAAAACAGCAGGUCCUGUAGCUCCUAGCAAAGGGUUAACCACAGCACACAGCAGGCUUACUCAGGGCAUGGGGGAGGGUUAAGAGUCAAACUCUGGAGAGGAGUUGCUGUGGGGGUGGCUUUAGUAUCAAGUGUCAGACAGGCCUGAGCCCUGCUGCAGGGAUUUGGACAAGCUCCAUCAACCCUGUCCUGGUCUAAAUGCCAUCAUUUCUGUCCGGCCAGCUGGCCAUCUAUCCAGACAGAAGAUAUCAAGGGCGCUAGGGGUGUUCGUGACAAGUACACACUGAUUUUUUUGAGCAGUGCUGGAUACUUGCCAAGCUGCAGACACAGUAUUAAAUGCAGGCUGCUAAUGAAAAAUGCUGCAAAUGAAGAGCAGGUGCUCUGAGAAGUGACCUGGCAGUUAGAGCAGCUUCUAAACAUUGACCCAGGUGUAACAUGAAAUGGCAGUUUUUUCUUCUCAUUGGAGGCUUUGGGCCAUUUUUUUUUGUUUUAUCCCUAUCUGGUUGCCUCAUUUCAUAGAGAAUAAAAGUGGUUGGGGACUUCUAUUUCUUCUAACAGAGUGGUUAUCCUCACAGAGGAAGGAUCCAUCCAUAACUUCUUUUAAAUUUUGUAAACGAGGGGGGUAAGACAAAGCUUUGCAAAAUAGAAGAUGAUUAGAUAAAGAUCUAUCGUUAGUUGCUGUUACUGCCUCUAUACAGUCACAGAAAAACCUAGACUGGGAAGGACUUCUGGGUGUCAUCUAGCCUAGCCUCCGCCUCAAAGCGGGCUCCAGAACGGCAUACUGCAGUGAAGGGCUGUCUCCUGACAUGGACAUGCAGUGCCUGAAAAUGGAUGGGAGAAAGAAUUUAGCAGGCAGUGUGGUUUACCCGUGGAACCACUUCAUUGUAUUGAAGUUGAAAACAGUGGUAUUUAACAGGCACUUUGUAUAACUACUACUAAGUGUCACAAAUAAAUUAGCACAUACAUAAAACUAAGAUAUGAGCCAUUUUGCUUUAAGCAGAAGCAAAUCAAUAACUGACAGAUUAGACAUGUAUUUCUUACGCACAGGUUGUUCUCUGCCUAUUCACGCCAGUGUUCUGCAUCUCAUUCUGAAGUAAAUGAGCUACUGAUGAAAAUUAAAUACUUUGCCAAAUGGUCCAGUAGUCUGCCUGCUCCUCUUUCCAUUAAGCCCAGUGGUACCUUCCCACUGGUUUGUGUGGAUUCCUUACUUCAUGCUGCAUAUGGCAAGACUCUGAGUGCCUGCUUGAAAAGCAUAGUAUUUCAUGCAAACACUCCAUUACCAGGACCGUUGGUCUCUGCCUCCUGAACCACAGCACUGCUUUUCCCUCCCAAGGUAACAGUGAAUUCCCCCUGAGAUUUAGCAGCAACUGCACCAAACCUCGCUCUUCUACAGGAAGACAGGAAAAACCUGCAAUUUCCUGGGUGAUGGGUUUUUCAUCAUUUGACAUGUCUCACUGAAGAGUCAUUAGAACAAGUCCCUGCCCUUGCAUUUCAGUUUGGGGGCUGUUUUGUCACUGAUACUGUGCUGGCAGAGUGAGCCUUGCCAAUACGUUCAUGUGUUGAGUGGGACAUAGGUGUAUGGCACCAAAUGUAGCGUGCACAGAUUAUGAAGUGGGUGGAAUAAAGCCAUGUUGGGGAAAAUGGAAGUGGUUUGUCAUAGUGGUAUGAGGGUAUCCAAUUAGCAGUGCCGCGUGCAGCCAGCAAACCUCUUGGCAUAGGGUUCUCCACCUGUGCUAGGUACUGCUCUGCUGUGAUGAAGCUGUACUUCUAGGGUUUUCUUUUCUCUCUAGUCAAUAAGCCUCCUGCUGCCUACAGCAGCUCUGCAAGCAGCCAGCUUUACACCCCAGGGACCAGCAAAAUUCUCUUGCCUAGCAGAGAGCUCCUUUCUACUUGAGGACAAAGAGCAAAUUGUCCUAACAGCAGCAGUUGCCUGUCAGAGAGAUUUGUUAUGGAAGGAUCAGCAGAGGUACGUUACACUUUGACUGAAAUGAAGCAAAAUCUCCGUUUGUUCUCUAGCUCCCUAUCUGUCCCGUGCAUGAUAGAACAUUAAGGGUGACCCACUGAGCAAACCAUAACAAGCGGUUGCCUUUUUUCUGGCCUUUUAGGGAUAUACUCUGAACUCCACUGACUCUGGUAAGAGUAUUUUCUUGCCUGAACACUCCCCCUGGAGCAGUGGUGUCUCUCACCAUACAGGCACUGCAGGAAGGUGGGCUGUGGGUGCAGAAAGGCAAAAAAUGAUACUUGUUUUUUACUGUAAGGGUAUGGAAGGCACAGGCGGCCUUGUGUUGUUGGAGGAUUUACUAGAAGAGGUGGCGAGACUGGCACUGGAGCUCAGCUUCGUCCUUCCACCACCUGGAAGGAGGGGGUGUUUGUGCUUUCUAGAGGGAACUCGCUACAAUGUCAUUUGCAGCCUUGAUUUAGGAGAGCUGAUCUCUCUGGAAGGUGAACAUAGUACAAGAGACUGAAAUGGGGGUGAGAUCCUACAGUUCAUUUAACACAGGGUCCUCAAUAAAACCAGUCCCUUUUGGUUGAAAAGCUCAGGGUUGGAGAAAAAUAAUCAUGUAGCAUUUUGUGGUUGAGAAUGGGGGUGUGGAGAGAAAUCAGCAAUGUUACUGCUUUUUACGUAUUUGGGGUGGAUGAAAAUUGUGAGGAGCUCAGACUCACCACAGGAUUUCUACUGAUUUCCACACGAUCAGGGUAUCAGAUCACCUUUUCUGUCUCAGCACGCCGUUGUGCUGUGGUGCACUGGGAUUUCUAGCUAAGGGAGAAGCACAAAAUAACAUAUACCAGUGAAACUGGCUUUUAUAUAUAUAAAAAUUUUUUUCUUAAAUAAAUUUAGUUGGACACCAUUGGUCGGUCACCCAACAAGCUGAACGUAUGGUAUUCUGUGGUUCCAAAGCUGCUGUUCUCAAUGCAGAGAUGGCCAGCGGGGUUUUCCUCUUGAUCCAGGAUAGCGAGUGCUUGGGCAGCAGUGUGUGUCAUAACUUUCUACAGACUUAAGUGCAAUUGUGUACAUUUGUUCAUAGUUUGCCUUAGGACUAUGUAUAAUUCCUGUGGUUUAAUGUUUAUGUUUGGGGUAAUCAGCGUCCAUAAUUCAUCUACUACUUCAUUUUAUAGAGAUGUCCAUUUUGCCUUUUUUUUAAAUGUUUGUUUGUCUUCAUCAACUCAAAGCUACAGUGGAGCAGAUAAGUCUGUACUGGAAUGCUUCAAACAUCUUUUAAUAAAGAAUUGGCUUCUA